UUCCUCCCUCCAGAGCCCUGUGUUCCUAUGAAUGUCAGCUUUCACUAUAACGUGAGUACUGCCCAGGUGCAGUGGAGUGCAGGGAGCGGUGCCAGCUCAUACUCCGUCCGAGCUGUGACAAAGCAGGGCCUCAGUUUAACCUGUAACACCAUAAACACUGACUGUGUUCUGACUGGUUUACAAUGCAGUCAGACCUACAGCAUCACUGUGACGGCUAAAAACCAGGCCUGUGAUAGUCAGAUCUCUGACGCCUCCCUCCUCAUGACAGAACCCUGCCCACCCACAAACAUUCAAGCCAAUGUGUCUUGUGGGCAACCCACUGCGACUGUGUCCUGGCAGCAGAGUGACCUCGCUGCAGGUUAUGUUGCCUACUUCGACAGCCAGCGUGGACACGACACUUUCUGUGUUGGCACAGACACGGAUACAAGUUGUGUCGUCUCAGGGCUGAUGUGUGGCACAGUGUACAGCGUCUGGGUCAAAGCCCUGGGACAUCAGUACAACAGCUCUGACAGCAUAGUGGUCCCUCUUACAUCAGGACCUUGUGAGCCAAGCAAUAUUGAAGUGAUUUACGACUGUGGGGGCAGCUCUGCCAACAUAUCGUGGCAGCCCAGCGAUGGAGCUGUGCUCUACAUUACUGUGCUCACAGCUUCUUCAGGACACACCGCCAGCUGCACCACCAACCAAACCAGCUGUCAGCCGAAGCCUCUGCGGUGCGGAGAGGAAUACAACGUCACUGUGAAGGCUGUUGGAGAGACUUGUAACAGCAGUUCUCAGAUGACAGGAUACCUCACCACAGAGCCCUGCGUUCCUACAAAUGUGUCCAUCCACUACAACUUGAGUGCUGCCCGGGUGAUGUGGAACACAGCAAGAGGUGCUGCGUCGUACUCUGUUCAGGCUGUGAGUGACCGUAACUUGACAGUCACCUGUAACACCACCAACACACACUGCUCCCUGACUGCGCUGCAGUGCAGCCGCAUCUACAGCAUCACUGUGAUGACACAAAGCCUGGCUUGCAACAACACUGUGAGCUCUGCACCCUACCGCCUCGUGACAGAGCCGUGUCCACCUACUAAUGUUCAAGCCAGCAUGUCAUGCAGACAGCUUACUUCAACUGUGUCCUGGGAGCAAAGUGACCUUGCUUUGGGUUAUGUUGCCUACUUGGACAACCAAAAUGGCCACUACACCUCCUGUAUGAGCACAAAUACCUCCUGCGUGGUCUCAGGGCUGAUGUGUGGUACAGUGUACAGUGUCUGGGUCAAGGCGCUAGGACAGCAGUACAACAGCUCUGACAGCUCAGUGGUCUCUCUUACAUCAGCCCCAUGCCUGCCCAGAGACAUGACAGUGGAAGUCAACUGCACCUCUGACAAUGCUGUCCUGGUGUCCUGGAACGGCACUUAUGGCACAACUAACAUUUCUCUGAUGGCUGUCGUCGGUGGAAGUCUUCAAACUCUGUGCACGACUCAGCAGGAAAGCUGUAACAUGACAAGUUUAAGCUGUGGGGAAACCUACAGUCUCAGUAUCAACGCCAGCAACGACCAGUGCAGCCUCAGCACACAGACACUGUCUAACUUUACCACACGUCCUUGCCCUCCUCAGGGAGUAGCUGCCAACCUGCAUUGCAGCUCCCGUACUGCUGUCCUAUCCUGGGAAGAGAGGUCUAAUGUUGAACUUUACACAGCGAGCGCCAUCAAGGCGUCAGGAGGGGAAGAGAAAACAUGUGACUCAGUGACCUCCACCUGUCAGUUCUCUGGUCUGGACUGUGGAGAGAUGUAUAACUUUACUGUUACAGCCCACAGCAGAGGCUGCUGUAGCCAACCCAGCAGCCCCGUGUUCAUCCACACAGAGCCGUGUCCACCUAUGAAUAUUUCUGCUGAGGUGCUCUGUGAGUCCGAUGAGGUGAAGAUCUCCUGGCAAGAGGCGAGUGGUGCUGAGAGUUUCUUAGUUACAGUGAGCGGCAGCGACGGAUUAGUGAAGACUCACAACACGACCCAAACGCUGCUGAGAGCCUCUUUGCCUUGUGGACAGCACUUUAAUGUCACUGUUCGAGGACAGGGCGGCGCGUGUAAUGGCGUCCCCAGCAGUCCCACCUUCUUCAAAACUGCUCCAUGUAUACCGAGGGGUUUAGUGACCGACGCAGAGUGUGGGUUUGACGUAGGCUCUGUCAGCUGGCAGCCAACUGAUGGAGCUGAAUCAUACAUUGCUGUAGCCACUGGCCUUGACGGCCACGCUCACCGCUGCGUAAGCAAUACCACCUCCUGCACCUGGAGCGACCUGCACUGUGGGGAGGAGUACAGUGUUGUAGUGAGAGCAAAGAGCAACAACUGCACCAGUCUGCCGAGCAACAGCUCAAUCAUCCACAUGGACCCCUGUGCUCCCCAGAAUUUGUCUGCCACUGUGAACUGUGAUAUGAAAGUGGUGCCUCUGAGCUGGGAUGCCAGCAAUGGGGCAAAGAUGUACACGGUUUCCGCUGAGGCGGGAAACAAGUCAGUCAGUCUCAACACUAACAUGACCACAGCCAGCUUCACUGGAUUUACCUGCGGACAAAACUACAGCAUCAAAAUCACACCUCACAGUCGGCACUGUCCUGGAAACUCGAGCGCUUCAGUCUCUGUGCUGACCUGGCCAUGCAAACCCAUGGGAGUCUCUGCCAGCCAGGACUGUCUUACUAGUAUUGCUGUGGUAACCUGGCAACCUAGUAAUGGGUCAGAUGUCUACACGGCCACCAUGCAAACUGACACCGGCGUGUCAGAAAUGUGCAUGUCAGACACUAAUCAGUGCAGCUUCCCUGGCCUGAUGUGUGGACACAACUUCUCUGUGUCAGUCACAGCUUCCAACCAGCAGUGUAACGUCACCUCCGGUCCAGCCACAAGUCUGCAAUCAGUACCUUGUCUUCCCACUGACGUCUCAGUGGUGAUGGAUUGUGCCAACAACACUGCUGUUGUGUCCUGGGCUGCCAGUCAGGGUGCUGUAAAGUACUCAGUCAUGGCCCACAGUGCCCAUGUUAAUAAUGACAGCUGUCAGACAUCUGGCCUUAGCUGUAACCUCAACAACCUCACCUGUGGCAGCCUCUACACCGUUCAAGUUGUAGCUAUGGGUGACAGCUGCUCUAGCGUCCCCAGCUGGCCUCUGAAAUUCAACUCAAUCCCCUGCCCGCCUCAGAACGUGAGCGCCCAGGUCAGCUGUUCGUCAAACACUCUGACAGUUUCUUGGGACGCCAUCGGAGAUGCUGACCACUUCUUGGUUUCGCUAGCUGCUGAGAAUGGCGAAAGCGAGUUAUGCAACACCACAAACACUGUAUGUUUCAGCAGCAAUGCAACAUGUGGAAAAACCUUCACUGUCCAGGUGACCUCUGUCAGAGAACACUGUCGCAGCGUGCACAGUCAGACCCAGAGCAUCCAGUCAGCUCCCUGUCAGCCCCAGGGGAUCAAUGGCAGCGUCGACUGUGUGACCAACUCUGCCUGGAUAUCGUGGCUUGAUGCUCCCGGGGCGGACAGCUACACUGUGUCGGGUGUAGCUGUAGGUCGAAAUGACUACAGAGCAAACUGCACCACCUCCACCAACACGACGUGUGAGAUGAAAGACCUGGCUUGUGGUGUGCUUUACAACUUCAGCGUAUCGGCCAAAAACAGCGAGUGUGAGAGUCAACCCAGUGCCCCCAUCAGUUUGGAAACAGCCCCCUGCUCCCUCUCUGCUAUCACUGCUGUCCCCCAGUGUCACAACUCCUCCAUCCUUGUUGUGUGGGAUCUCAUGGAGGCUAGCAAGAGAAACACUGUGUACACUGCUACAGCAGAAGCCAGUGAUUACACGUUGUUGACCUGCAAUAACACCGGCACCAGCUGCUCCCUCCAGGAAGCACAGUGUGGCCUUCAUUACACCAUCAUCGUAGCUGCUUCAUCGGACACCUGCAGCAGUAUGAGAAGUCCUCCCUCCAGAGUUAGCAUGGAGCCCUGUCCACCCACAGACGUGAGGGUGAACGCUGCCUGUGAGCAUCACAGGGCGGUGGUGUCCUGGACUCCAUCUCCGGUUGCUGAAACCUACCACGUUGUCGCUGAGGCUGCAGAUGGACACACCCAUACCUGCAACACUAGCUCCACAAACUGCAGCUUAUCAGAGCUCCACUGUGAUGAGCAGUACACCGUCUUUGUGACAGCUGGCCAUGAGAACUGCUCCAGCAAAGCCAGCCAGAAUAUAACACUGAACACAGGUCCUUGCCAGCCAACUGGACUCUCAGUUACGUACCAGUGUAGCAAUCAGUCCGCGAUGCUGACAUGGACUCCCAGUGGACCAGCUAAAGACUACUACGGCUGUGCUCAGGCUGGAAAUGGAGACAUGCUUUACUGUCACAGCACAAACCCCAGCUGUGUUAUCAACCGCCUCGACUGUGGAACUGUUUACAAUUUCUCUGUCCAGGCCUCAGACGGGACAUGCAACAGCUCCUUCAGUGAUCCCGUGCAGAUUGAAGCAGUUCCCUGUCCUCCUGCUAUUGCUGAGGUGCAGCUGUUCCCAGUGCAGGAGGAGAUCCAGGUGAUGCGUUUCAGCUGGACACAGAUUACCUGUGGCGACACCGAGUACAUGCUGACUUUGACAGGAAGUCUGCUGGGAGACAGCCAGGCCCUGUUCGAGCUUUCUUCCUAUUGGACAAAUGUGACAUACUUUGAGUUUCCUCUCCCCUGCAGUUCAAAUUACAGCGCCACGAUGAAGAGUAGGAACGCUGCAGGCAUGAGCGACACAUCCAUGCCUGUUUAUGGAACAACAGCUCCUUGUCCACCAUCAGGUGUGGUGUACACCGGAAACAGCUCCUUCGCCACAGUUUCGUGGAACGCCUCAGUGUUUGCCGUCAACUACACGGUGUAUGACAACAGCAUAAUGCCAAAGGUCCAGCUGUGCAGCACUGCACGGCUGUCCUGCUCUCUGUCCAACAUCGCUUCCAGUGAUCUGGAGAUCACCGCCAGCAACGCCGCUGGAGAAAGCGAAGCAACAAAUGUCACAAAAAUGGUGACGCACGCACGCAGGAGAAGAGAUCUCCAAGAACAGAUGUCACUGAAUGGAAGCAUCUCAGCUCCCGUGUUGGAUGUCACACACACAACAUCAACAGUCAUUUCCAUCACGUGGUCUAAGGUGGAGGGUGCGUCCUUUUACAGCCUGCUGGUUAUAAAGCAAAGCAGGUCCCACGAGCACCAGCAGCUGACGGUGUACGGGGAGAGCGUCAUGCUCACUGAUAUGAGACCAAACGCCACCUACUGCAUCUCUGUGCUGGCCAUUUACGGAGACGCUAGUGGGCCAGAGUCUGAGCCCAUAUGUGUGCAGACAGACAGCGGGCUUCCAUAGUAAACAGAAAAGGCACUUCUGAGGCCUCCACACCUCUCCCUUUUUUUAAAAUCCAGUCAACUCUUAGAUGCCAAAUCGUUAACACACAAGCACAUUAGAUUGUGGGAAUUAAUGUGGGUUGCUCUGCUCAUGUACCAUGAGCUGCAUUCAGCAUUAGCCUCACCACUGAUAAUGAAGUAGUUGUCUUUAAAAUAAAAGGCUCAGUCCUCCAGUUCAUUCUUAUAUUAAAAACUCUUUAUAAAAGAUGGGUUUAUGUCUACUGCUGGUUGAAGUUGCAUGUUCCUCCUGUGUUUUUAAUUAUCAUUUUGUAAAUUAUCAUCAUUAAUAAAUGUGUAUUUAACAUGCAAAUAAUUUUCAGACUACAUUCUAAUAAAAUAAUGAAAAUAUUUUCUUUCAGCUUCUUUGUGUGUACCCGAGUGUGUGCGAGUUGUACAAACGACACGUUGCUUUUUUUCUUUAAAGUGUUUUAUUAGAAAACAAAAUGCAACAGAGCAAUAACCGAAACACAACACAAGCAGGGCUCAAGUGUGUUUUGUAAAAAUUACCCUUUGCGGACCGCAUUUGAGAGGAUUAAAACGCUCUCAGGACGUCUACACGUGAUCACAGACAGAACUGUUCUGCUUUAGCUGAGCCACACGGCCUUUACGUUAGGUGCUGAACUUCAACCAUUCAAGUGUAAUCUACAUGGCGAUAGUAUGGUGCUGAAGGCAUCCGGCCCAGCAGCAAGUCCAACUCUGUCCGUGUGCAGCGUGUAGACAGCCUUAGAAGUUAUGUACAAAUCCCCAUCUUUCUGGGACAACAAAACAAAACAGAAAAUAGAAAAUUAAAAUGCCUUUUUUUCCACUUUCCAGAAUUCAAGUGAAGACUAACGAUGGUCUAAUGGGGAGUGAAAUAGCAGAAAAACAUAAAGCAACAUUACAUCGGCCAUAGACAACAAAUCCAAAUGUCCGAUGUGCAACUGUUCCUUCUUUUUAGCACAAGUGACAGAGCAGACAGCCGAAUAUAGAAAAAGAGGAGGAAAAACACAA